AAUGAGUAAGUAUAAAGGAGGGAUAUCGAUCUGUGGAGUAGAAGUAUCGUUUCCCGUAAAAAGAGUCUGCCUUUUCGCCUUUCUCCGCCGGAAAUAUGCCUGAGGGAACAAAAGCCGAGGAUCUUGUGAACAAUCUCAUGGAAACAUUUUCUGAUAGUGUUUCAAAGCACAAAAAUUUGUCAUUUUCUGAGGAGGAGAAGUCAGACUUUGUAACUUCUCAUAUCAACAGAUUGUUUGGGCGUCAAAAACCAGUUCACCAUAUUUUGGGUGGUGGCAAAUCUGCUGAUGUGCUUUUAUGGAGGAACAAGAAGAUGUCAGCUAGUUUUCUAAGUGGUGCAACAUCCAUUUGGAUGAUUUUCGAAUGGCUCAAUUACCAUUUUAUUUCAAUUCUCUGCUUUGUGCUGGUUGUUGGCAUGGUUGCUCAAUUUUUCUGGAAAAAUUUUUCAGGCGUAUUAAAUAGAUCUCCAUCUCAAGUCCCUCGACUUGUUUUGCGGGAGGAGUUUUGUGCCAACAUUGGCAAGUUGAUAGGAUCUGAGGUGAAUCGUGGUUUAGGCUGUUUGCAGGAUGUUGCCUGUUCCGGAAAUGUAAAGCAAUUUCUAGUGGUUGUUGCUAGCUUGUGGGCUGCUGCUAUUAUUGGGAGCUUUUGCAAUUUUUUCACUUUGCUAUACCUGUCUUUUGUGGCUGCCCACACGCUGCCUGCCCUGUACGAAAAAUACGAAGAUGAAGUUGAUAGCUUCCUGAAGAAAGUACUGGAGCAGCUCCAAUUCAAUUUCCGGAAGCUAGAUUCUCGCGUCCUCAGCCGAAUCCCAACGGGCAGGCCCAGGGAAAAGAAGGUAGAAUGAGGUAUAGGACGAGGAUGGAUGUUGAAAAUUUUGAUAUCUAACCCGAGUCCUGGGGACGUAUUGCUGUUAUAAUAAUUUUUGUAGCUUAAAGAUUUUACUAGAAGUCAUUCGAGCCCCGUCUAAUCCCAUUACAUAUCUUAGUAUAAUUCAGUUCUUUCAUUAGUAGUUUGUAUACAGUUAUGUUCAACCGGAACGUUUCCGGGACUGUUAGAUUAAAGAUGCUGAGAAUGUCAGCAGC